AUGCCCGUAGGAACUACGGAGACGGAGGCGGGCGGUCUGCAUACCGCAGUGAAGGGGAUGUCUGACGAGGUUAAGGGGAUGAGUCUGCCGUCCUCGCCAGGAUCCUCCAAAGACGCAGUCGCAGUCGCAGUCGAUGCUACAGUCAACAUCGAACAGUUGGUCCGACGGGGGGAGCAGUACAAGUUGCGGUUCCCCGAGGUGAACGAGGCCAAGUUGAUGCGCAAGAUCGAUCUGAAGGUCAUACCGGUGCUGUGUGUCAUGUACUUGUUGGCCUAUCUUGAUCGAGUGAAUAUCGGCAACGCUGUCCUAUUCGGUCUCAAGGAAGAUCUCAGGCUCGAGGGGACCCAAUACAAUAGCGCCCUCGUCGUCUUCUUCAUUCCUUAUAUGCUCUUCGACAUUCCCUUCAACGCCCUUGUCAAGCGACUAAGGCCUCACGUGUGGCUGUCGAUGUCUAUGUUCCUCUUCGGCCUUCUGUCUGUCUGUCAAGGCUUGACGCAGAACCUCUCUGGCCUCGUCGCCACACGAUUUUUUCUUGGUCUGGUUGAGAGCGGCGUAUUCCCAGCUUGCCUCUACCUCAUCUCAAUGUGGUACAGACGAGCAGAAGCGCAGAAGAGGUACUCUUUCUUCUUCUCCUCGACAACUCUGGGCGGAGCAUUUGGCGGCCUCCUCGCCUCGGCAAUAGGCAAGAUGGACGGCCUGGGCGGGUACCGCGGCUGGAGGUGGAUCUUCAUCGUAGAAGGCGCACUGACGUGUGCAGUCUCUAUCGCCUUGUACUUCUUCAUCUCCGACUUCCCAGAGGAAGCGAGCUGGCUCACGCCGGAGGAGCGAGAGUUCGUCCAGGCGAGGCUUCGUGAGGAUGUGGGGGAGUCAUGCAGGGAUGAUCCGUUGACCGUGCGGUCGGUUUUGGCUGUAUUCAAGGACGUCAAGAUCAUCAUAGGCGGGUUCAUGUAUCUCGGCCUCGUGUGCGCUGGAUAUAGCUAUGCAUACUUCUCCCCCGCAAUCAUUCAAAGCCUCGGACACAGCAGCAUCCGCACACAGCUCAUAUCAGUCCCGCCCUGGGCGUGUGCCUGCGUCGUCGCAAUGGUCGUCGCAACCAUCUCUGACCACAUCCGGCACCGUUUCCUCUUUGUGGUGUCCUUCACUAUGCUUGCUCUCGCGGGCUACGUCAUGCUCCUUGUCGUGCACGACAGGCCAAACGUACAGUAUGCGGCGCUAUUCUUGCCCGCGAUGGGCACGUACACCGCCAUGCCUAUUGCGAUAUGCUGGUUUGGCAUCAACUUGGGCGGACAUCGUCGAAGAGCAGUGGGGACAGCAUGGCAAAUCGGGUUCGGUAGCAUCGGAGGUAUCAUUGCCGUAUACUCCUUCCUUGCUAAAGACUCCCCGCGCUACAUAGCAGGUUACAGUGUCUGCAUCGCCGCCACAUGCACGUCUAUCAUUGCGGACUGCGCGUACUUCUAUGCUAUCUCGCGGGAGAACCGGAGAAGGAGAAAAGAGGAGUCCGAGUCGUCCGCUAGUGCGGGCUCGGAAGAUGAGAAAGGGGACCUCCGUAGAGACUAUCGCUAUUUGUUGUAA